AUGGAAGAAGACCUUCAGCGCUUGCUAGAUCAGCACGGGCUGGCUGCCCACCAAGCUGUUUUCCGAGACCAAGGGUAUCAUCGUGUGGAGCAGUUGGUGCAGCUCAAUGAAGACCAAACGGACGACCUCAAAGAUGCGUUGAGGGACAAUGAAGCGCCCAGGAAUGCUUCGCGCGCGCUCUUCCGAGAACUCAGAGAGAGAGAGAGAGAGAGAGCACCGCCGGUGAACGAGGCCUACGUGCACUUCUCCGGCUUGGCCCAAAGAAUCAACAGCUCGGAUGUUUCAGGCUUGGAAGAAGCCACAGUUCUGAAGGUCGAUGUCGACCCUCUUGAUCAGAUUCCUGAUCGAUUCCAUGUGCCUUCAGGAAGUCUGUGUCGAUUCACACAAGCUUCCAGUCUGGAUCCAGUGCCUGUAGUUUCGUUGAUUGGACCAACUGGUGCUGGCAAGAGCCUCCUUGCCAGCACUUUCAUGCAGACAACGGAUGGAAUUCUUGCCGCUGGUUGCACGCCCUGA